CUCUCAUUACAAUUCAAGUCACUAUCAAUCGUGUGUGCAAAAUGAAUAUGACAUCAAUUAAAGGCAAUAUUAAUGAUCACGUAAAGCGUCCGAUGAAUGCAUUUAUGGUUUGGAGUCGCGGACAGCGAAGAAAAAUCGCGUUAGAGAACCCAAAAAUGCAUAACUCGGAGAUAAGUAAGCGAUUGGGCAAUGAAUGGAAGAAUUUGAGUGAUGGCGAUAAGAGACCAUUCAUUGAAGAGGCAAAGCGUUUGAGAGCCAUGCAUAUGAAAGAACAUCCCGACUAUAAAUACAAACCCCGACGCAAACCAAAGCAUCUCAUGAAAAAAGACAGAUACCCGUUUCCGAUGCCUUACAUACAGGCGCCUAUGGAUUACCUGGGCUUUCAAGCGGCUCUGCCUCGAUCUUUCUUCCCACCGCUCACCCCAUCAUUAAGUCUCAAUCCGUUUAAUGACACUUAUUUCCCAUCGAUUGAGACGAGUCGAGCCCACGGCCACGAACACAGCCUAUUAGACCAGGCAUUGAUGGCCUCUCAUCACCACAACCAUCACUCGAUCGGUGAGACCAAACUUGGCUUAAGCGGUAGCUUUGACGUGAAGAGUCUGUUGAUGUCCGGCGGACACAAUCACUGUCAGAGCAAUGCGAGCGCCAACCAUAGCAUGUCGUGCACUUCGCCAUACAUUCCGUGCGGCUGUGGCUUUCCUACACCCGCACCCACACCGGCAAUAGGGCUGCAAUCGUUUGGAUCGCUCGCACAGACAACGAGCGCCGCGUCGACCAUACCGUCGACCUCGCAAUCAAAUAGUCUUAGUCUUCACCGAUCCCUCACUAAACUCAAUCACUCCUCCAAUCAAAGAGUCGAUGAGCGCAAUAAAUCUCACUCCGAGUCUCCGUCACCCCUGGGUUUCCGUAUAAACCAUCCGACGACCGCUUUGAGCAACAAUUCUUCCGCGUCGUCGAGUCCCUCAUCUCCAGUGCCCACAAUCACUGCCUCCCAUUUGUUGCAAAUGGGACUCUAUUCUCAUUUUUUCUCUAAUGCCGCCACUGGGAUGAGACCCCUGAGCACUACAUCCAUCACAAGCCCUACAAAGUCAUCCCCCAAUACGUCUAUAUAUGACUCUGGUACGGGCGCUGGCAGUGAGACAGGCAUGUAG